UCCCCUUCCCUUCCUCCCUCCACCUCCAUCCCUCCCUCCCUCCGUGCCGCCGGAGCGCCCGCGGCCCGCGCACCUCGGCCUCCCCCGCGGCCCUCAGGGAAGAGGAUGGCGGAGAGCGAGGCCGAGACCCCCAGCACGCCCUGCGAGUUCGAGAGCAAGUACUUCGAGUACAAUGGGGUGCGGCUGCCGCCCUUCUGCCGCGGGAAGAUGGAGGAGAUCGCCAAUUUCCCGGUGAGGGACAGCGACGUCUGGAUUGUCACCUAUCCGAAAUCAGGCACAGGCUUGCUGCAGGAAGUGGUGUAUCUAGUGAGUCAGGGAGCUGAUCCAGAUGAGAUUGGACUAAUGAAUAUAGACGAGCAGCUUCCAGUCCUAGAGUACCCUCAGCCUGGUCUGGACAUCAUCAAGGAGCUGACGUCCCCUCGCCUCAUCAAAAGCCACCUGCCCUAUCGGUUUUUGCCUUCGGACCUUCACAACGGCAACUCAAAGGUAAUAUACAUGGCUCGCAACCCCAAAGACCUGGUGGUGUCUUAUUACCAGUUCCACCGCUCCCUAAGGACCAUGAGCUACAGAGGAACGUUUCAGGAGUUCUGCAGAAGGUUUAUGAAUGACAAGUUAGGAUAUGGUUCGUGGUUUGAACAUGUGCAAGAGUUUUGGGAACACCACAUGGAUGCCAAUGUACUUUUUCUCAAGUAUGAAGAUAUGCAUAAGGACCUAGCAACAAUGGUUGAGCAACUGGUGAGGUUCUUAGGAGUUUCUUAUGACAAAGCACAGUUGGAAUCCAUGGUGGAGCACUGCCAUCAACUCAUUGAUCAAUGCUGUAAUGCAGAGGCUCUUCCUGUUGGCAGGGGACGAGUUGGGCUAUGGAAAGACAUCUUCACUGUUUCAAUGAACGAGAAAUUUGAUUUAGUUUAUAAACAGAAGAUGGGAAAAUGUGACCUCACAUUCGAUUUUUAUUUAUAAAAAAUGCAUGCAUAUGAUAUCCAGAUUAGCUAGAAGUGCUUUAUGCAUUCAUUUAUUACCUGCUGGACAAACUACUGUAGCUAUUAUGUGUAAUAAGGUUUAAAGAAAGAAAAAACAAUCUAAGUAAACCGUAUCAGAUGCAAUUAUCUUUGAUCCUAAACAGCUGUUUAUCUUCUAGUAUUUAAGUCCUUUGUUCACAUGCAAGAACGUCCCAGACAAUACUAGAACAUUCAGCUGUUAUGGAAUGUAUUAUAUACGUAUAAGGUAUGUAUCAUAUAUGCAACUAGAAUGUACACCUUUUCAGCCCCUCAUUGAUUAUUUAAUGUGUUUUAUAAAAGCUUGUCACUAGAACCUAGAUAAACAUCCGUAAACCAAAUAAAAAUUUAUUUCUGAGGGAAACAAGUAACAGGCCAAAACAGUAUGCUAGAAUGAUCUCAGGGGUUAAUCGUCGCAUUUAUUUUUAUAGCAGGUAUAACCGAGGAUAAAUAAAUCCCAUUCCAAAAUAGGAACUGAUCCAAGUGGGGUUCACAUUAGGUUCUGCACACCCUUGUCUGUGUGAUUUGAGUGGGUUCUGUACACUGGCACACUCUGUGAGACAGGGCUUGUUCUGAUUUACAGCUGUGAUUGAUUGCCUGAUCCCAAAUCCCACCCAAGCCUUUAUGGAGACAGCUCAGAGCUGGCUUCCUGGUGGAGGCAGUUCAGCUCCGUGCCCAGGGACAGCAGAUAAAACAUUUUAAGCCCUUCGCUCUAGGUCACUCCCUUAAAAUGAGGCUUAAAAGCCAGGAAUCAGGGACUUUCCUGAAGAAUCAGUCUCCAACUCAUGUCACUUUGCUGUGUGAAUUUCUCCCUUUAGGGGCAGCCCCAGAAGUUAAGGUGCUGGAUAAGCUCCAGUUCCACUAAAAGGUGAGGGUACUUAGCACUGUUCAUGGGUUGUCCUGGACUCCACCAGACCUAAGGGGAAGAGUGUAAAGCAGUGUAAAGCAGGCAAAGGGAACUGCAGCAUCCGACGAAGAGAGUUGAUGGAUAUGCCAGCAGGUGGGAGUAUUGCACAAAUAUCCAUGCACAAUAAGUUCCAGGAAUUGUUAGCCAUGACUGAUCUGGAUUAUAAUCAGGAUUCAAGUUUAUUUCUCUUACCUUUUUUUUUAGUCUCUACACAAACAGCCUGAAGCAGGCUACUAUCACUACAGAACUGUCCCAAAUUAUUUUAUUGUUCCAUUAUGUAAUGACAUCAAUGUUUUUUCUGUUCUCAGCUGCAGGAGGCCCAUUUUUGCUAGUCAAAUGUUCAGGCUCACCAAAAACUGUGAGGAUGGACUAGUUUUUAGUGUUUCAGUUCUGUUGGGAAACUGCCAGUUCAGCACUGGCAAGUGGUGUAGCAUGAUGUGGCUUGACAGCACUUUUCCUUGUAUAUUUGUGAGUGAAAAUGCUUUCAGUGAAAUUUUAUUUCUAUUUUUAUAUUUUUAGUACUGUAUGAAUAUUAAGCACUACACAUUAUACUUCUGUGCUUGCUUGCUUACUGAAUAAAAGAUGUGUUCUGUG